ACCUCCUGCGUCCCCCGUUUCUGCGUGGAGCCAGCGGCGCUGGAGAAAGACCUGCGAUGCCGCCUCGCUCGGGGCGCCGGGCCGCGGUGGUCCCUGUGGAAGCAGGAGGAGCUGUCUCGCGUCCCCUUCGUGGCCGUCUUCAGGGACUUCCUCGGGCCGGGGGAGGUCGAGGAGCUCAUCGAAGUCGCCGUCGCACGGCACGGCCUCCACCGGAGCCUCCAUCACGGGAAGGGAGGCUACGGCGUCUCGUCGGACAAACGCACGAGCAAGCAGGCGUGGCUGCAGGACGCGGACGGGGAGCUGGUGAGGAAGCUGUCGACUCGCGUGAAGGAGGCGACGGGGCUGGAGGUGUUUCCGGAGGUGAUCGCCUCCGAGAACUUCCAAGUGGCGAAUUAUGGGAUCGGGGGUCAGUUCACGACGCAUCUCGACUCGCCCCUGAUCGGUGACGAGGACUUGGACCCGAUGACGGCUUUUAGGGGGAACCGCCUCGCCACGCUCAUGGUCUAUAAAAGGGACAAAAUGGGGGCAGGAAAAGUGCAGAGAGGUGGUCAGGCAAGGCAAAACAACCAAAGCAACUUUGGAGGAGGAUUUGAGGAUUCACAGGACAAGGUUUUGUUCCUUCCAACGGCUCCUCAGGACGGUCCUGUUGCUUUGAAUCCCAGUUGGGAGGAAAGAAGCCUCCCACCCGAGCAGCUGAACUUCCAAGAUGUUGGGAGCGAGUUUGAAGCAACCAAAGAGCCGAUCGACAAGUACCAUUUGGUGUACCUGAUCUUCGUCCUCCAUGGUGUGGGCUCCCUCAUGCCUUGGAACAUGUUCAUCACAGCCAAAGAGUACUUUGUGAACUAUAAACUCAACUCAACCAGUGCAAGUGCAGAGAUGAACUAUUCUACAUAUUUCCUCAAUUACUUGGGCUUUGCAGCCCAGGUUCCAAAUCUCCUCUUCAACUGGAUCAAUGUCUUUGUGCACAUGGGCGGAGAUCUGACAAAGCGUGUUGUCUGGAGCUUGCUGUUUUCUACUGCCAUAUUUGUCCUCACCAUUGUCCUAUCUAUUAUGGACUCCAGUGACUGGAUUCCUAUCUUCUUCUGGAUCACUAUUGUCAGUGUUGUUCUACUAAACAUCAGCAAUGGCAUUUACCAGAACACAGUCUAUGGGAUGGCAGCUAAGCUCCCCUUUAAGUUUACAGGGGGUGUUGUACUGGGCAGCAACAUCAGUGGAACAUUCACAUCAAUCAUCAACAUAUUGGCCAUUGCUCUUGCCCCCAACCCCCGUACGGCAGGGAUUUAUUACUUCAUUGUUGCUCUGUUUGUUCUCCUUGCAUGUCUUGAUACCUACUUUGCUCUGCCUCUCCUAAAAUUCUACCGCUACUUUGAUAACAUAGACCAGCGUCGACAGGCCAUGAGGCGUAACAUGCAUUCAUCUGUUCAUGGGCGCAGCAAGGUCCGGUUAUACUGGCACAUCUUCAAGACAGCAUUUCCACAGCUCUUCAAUGUGUUCUUUGUCUUCUUUGUCACCCUGUCAAUCUUCCCUGUUGUCCAUGCCGACAUCCGUCCAAUGGAUGAAAACUUCUUUAUUCCCCCUACCUAUUUCACUCCUAUCACUUGCUUUCUCACCUUCAACACUUGUGCAAUGCUUGGGAAUCUCUUGCCAAAUCUCUUUGUGUGGCCAAGUCCAAAAUGGCUUUGGCUUCCAGUUUGUCUUCGUGUUUUCAUGAUCCCUUACUUUGUGCUAUGCAAUUAUCAUCCAGUUGCAGCAACACGUAUUCUGCCAGUCCUGAUCACCAAUGAUUAUGCCUAUUGGGUGAUGGCCAUCCUUAUGGGUUUAUCUUCUGGGUACUUCAGCUCCCUGGCAAUGAUGUAUAGUCCACGGACGGUGGAACCAGAGCAUGCCGGCACAGCUGGGAUGUUUGCUGCUGCAUCCCUUAUCACAGGGAUCUGCCUGGGAAUCAAUUUCUCUCUUGUGCUGUCCUGGUUUGUGCAGACAGUUACAUUUGAUUACCCAUAGGUACUAUCAUGCUCUGUUUGAAGCUCUUUCUCUUCCAAGUGAAUUCAUUAGGUUUCUAAAUUGGCAUUCUUCCCCUCAGGAAGCUGUAAACUAGAGAAUUGUAUGCAGAGUUUAUUAAUGAAAAAACUAGUUUUGUUACUCAUUCCUUGACUCUUGAAUGGAGCUGCAGAGAAUAGGUGAAUGCCACUCAGGAGAAUUACUUUUCAAAUAUGAAAUACAAUCAGGGAGAAAAAAGCAACUAUGAGUGAUAGAAACAGGAAGGCUUGCUUGUUUUCUCGCCAUUGUUAGGAAGGGAAUGAAGUCCCUGAAGCAGUUCACCAGUGGCUUUUCCUAAUCUGUAGACUUCAGGGUGGAGUUGAUAUGUGAGUUUUAUUCAGGGCCAGUGUGAUGGUAGAGUAGAGGACUUGUCUUUGUUGUCUGUUCCGGUGCUUCAAUGUAAGAUUCCCAUCACUUGCUUCAUUGACAUGGUGAUGAGAUUUUGAGAGAAUUCUCUGCAAUAAUGCCUUAUGGCUGCUCUAUUGCUCUUCUAAAUAACAAUGAAGGCUUUGUUCAAUUUUUAGAGCCUCUGAAUAUUGGUGUAAAGUACAAUCAUUUUUGGUCAAGUUAAUUUCUAUUUAAAUGUUUCAAACUCAGUUAACCAUGAUAGUGUUGGGGAAGAAGCAAUUGUUUCUUAUUGGAGGCACUCUUGAGUGAUGUAGGGUGUAAGUUUACUUGGGAGCCUCAAAUUUCUCUGAGGAAUCUCCUGAAUCUGCAAUUUUUUGCCCCUUCCUUCAUGCAUGGAGAAUUUAUAAUACCCUGGAAAGACCUUUGGGGUUUUUUUUGGAGCAAUUUCAUUUGCCAUGGAGUGAUUCAUUUUUAUUUCUUAGUAGAACCACCCCACUGAAGUGCCAUAUUUUGUUGAAAUUUCCUGAAAACUUCGAGACUGGGAGUGGAUUAUAUAUGUUGAAUCUUAUUUGAGUUACCCAAUAAGUGCCUGUUUACUUUGUGGUUGUGGUGGUGAAUUAUUUUGUUCGUGCCAUUUUAGUAUAAUUUGUCUAACUUGCUACUCACAGCACAAACUCCCAUAGUUGAUCAUUGAAGAUUCAUGCAAAUUUUGCCAUAGUGUAACCAUAAUAAGCCAUGACUGUGUAGAAACAGUAUGUUUUCUGUGCUCU